AUGGACGACCAUUAUGUCCAAACAAACAUUCUGAAUAUACCUCACUUGCUGGAACGUGACGAGCAUUUGACAGCUCUAUUGGAACAGACAUUGGCAAUUCAGGGGUCCAACAUUCUCAACGUUUCCUACAAGAAUCCUACAUUGGAAGCCAAGCGCCUUUGGAAUAUUCGUCUCCACUAUAUGGCCCUUCACAUUCAUCAACAUCUACCAGCACUACCUGAAGCACGGGCCAGACAGGACAAUCCACAAGCCUUCCAAAGAAUACAACAACAAUAUGAUAUUGGAAAUUUUGAUUUUGAGUGCCGAAAUACCAACUACCUGGUUGCCAAUAUCCUAAAUUACGGUAUUGGAGCCGAUGUCUACUGGUCCAUGAUCCAUGCCUUCAAGGCCGGCAUGGCCGUCCAAAGAGUCGUUCACUUUGUCAAUCAACAACUCCCAUCCAAUGUCACCAAAAACAAAGACUAUCGAGCCGGAUGGCAACUGGCAUCGUGCCCACGCAAGGAUUAUCAAUGCACGUUCUGUCCCCCCAGUCCUUGUGUGCCAACAAUAGAGGACCUCCACAAUGGGUAUCAGCUCAAUGCCACAGAGCUACAAGGCCUUUACAAAGAAGGAACUCUACCGACCAAACUCAAUAACACCAAAGUGGUCUUUGCAGUGGCCGAUGAGUGGGAAAUGGAAUGGAUUUCACUCAGCUACAUGAAACACAAACCGGAACGAAAUGCACAAGAUAUCAUGGCCACUCUCAUGGACGACAAUCAUCAUGCCAAAAACAACCACACGACAAAGGAUAUUCAAAGAAUCCAACUCCUCCGCAAAGCUGCUGGCGAAGGGUGGCGAUUUGGUCGUGCCGCUGGGACGCUUCACACCAUGAUGUCCGCAUACACCAGCUACUCGUUGCGGCCUCUCCCCACAACGGCACAGCUCAUUUGGUCGCAAGCAAAAGAUUCCUUGCCACGGGGAUUUGAUCCCCACCAAACGGUCGGACUACCCAUUCGGGCCACCGAUAAGUGUCACGAGGAAAGUGAAUGUUUGACAUUUUCGCAACACAUGGAUGUAGUGGCGGCCGAGUGCGGCCAUUAUUUUCACCACAGAAUCUAA